GAAUCACCACAACCCAUCUGUGCUGCUUGUAGCAAUAGCCUGUCUAACAGAAGAUGUCAUAUUCGUCUUACCUUUGACUUGUGUGGACUUAAAUUAUGCGUUUUAAGAUCGACCCGGGGCAAAUAUGCAAUGGAGGUCAAUAGUUGUUGGUUUGGUCGUAUUGAGACUUUCCUUCAGCUGUGUUAUUUGGUUAGCCUUUGGACUCGGUCCUAACGUUAGCUGGGGCUUCAACUUCCCACUCAGCUUCAGUUUACAAAAAUUAGACUUGUUAUUCGGGGACGAAAAAGGGAACGACCCAAGGCGUAACUCGUGGUCUCAACGAGUACAUAGUCACAGACAUGAAGAUGUGCCGACCACCUGCGCAAAGGUUGGAAAGGAGUCCCCCGAGAGAUCCUACCUGAGCUUCUUCGACAGCAACAAGGACGAGUACUCCCGCAGAUACGGCUCCUUCCCGGACACACUGAAAACUAAAAUGAAGCACAUGGCCAAAGAAAUGUUUUAUUUCGGUUAUGACAACUACAUGAAAUACGCUUUUCCCGAGGACGAGUUGAAUCCCAUUGACUGUGAAGGAAGGGGACCAGACGUGCUAAACCCGUCAAACAUAAACAUAAAUGACGUCUUGGGGAACUACUCCCUUACUCUGAUUGACACCUUGGACACCCUGCUGGUGCUAGGCAAUGUGACAGAGUUCCAGAAAGCUGUUAAGCUGGUUAUAGAUACUGUUUCUUUUGACAAGGACUCAACCGUGCAAGUUUUUGAGGCGAACAUCAGGAUCUUGGGAAGCCUUAUCUCAUCUCACAUCCUGCUGACAGACCCAAAACAUCCGUUUGGAAAGGUCGACUAUGAGGGUUACGAUAAUGAGCUGCUUCACUUGGCUCAUGACUUGGCUGUCCGCUUGCUGCCGGCCUUUGAGAACACCCUCACAGGCAUCCCUUACCCCAGGGUGAACCUGAAGACUGGCGUUCCUCCUGAUAGCAUCAAUGAGACUUGUACUGCAGGAGCCGGCUCCCUGCUGGUGGAGUUUGGGAUUUUAAGUCGCUUGAUUGGAGACUCAACGUUUGAGUGGGUGGCCAGACGCGCCGUCAGAGCGCUGUGGAGCCUGAGGAGCAACGAGACCGGUCUGCUAGGGAAUGUAGUAAACAUCCAAACAGGCCAGUGGGUUGGCAAGCAGAGUGGUCUGGGAGCUGGUAUGGACUCCUUCUAUGAGUAUUUGCUCAAAUCAUACAUCCUUUUUGGUGAAAAAGAGGACCACAGGAUGUUCCAAGAUGCUUAUGAGAGCAUUCAGAACCACAUGAGGAGAGGGAGAGAGUCAUGUAAUGAAGGAGAGGGCGAUCCGCCUCUUUAUGUUAACGUCAACAUGUUCAGUGGUGAAAUAAUGAACACCUGGAUCGACUCCCUUCAGGCCUUCUUUCCCGGUGUUGUCACUCUGUCGGUGUUCAAGGUGCUGAAUGGGGAUGUAGAUAAUGCCAUCUGCCUGCACGCCUUCUACUAUGCCAUCUGGAAACGCUUUGGGGCUCUGCCGGAGCGAUACAACUGGCAGCUGCAGGCGCCUGAUGUGCUCUUCUAUCCACUGAGACCGGAGCUGGUGGAGUCCACCUAUCUGCUGUACCAGGCGACCAAAAAUCCUUUUUAUUUGCAUGUUGGAAUGGAUAUUCUUCAGAGUCUUGAGAAAAAUGCCAAAGUCAAAUGUGGGUAUGCCACUCUCCACCAUGUUGUGGACAAAUCCAAAGAGGAUCGCAUGGAGAGCUUCUUCCUCAGUGAGACAUGCAAAUACCUUUACCUGCUGUUUGAUGAGGACAACCCACUUCACAAAUCCGAUAACAAGUACAUCUUCACCACAGAGGGUCACAUUGUGCCUAUAGAUAAGCGCUUCAGGGAGAAACAGUGGGAUGGCGCGUUUCCUUGUGAAGAGGCAGUGCUGGCAGAGCGAGAAACAAACCAUCGCACAUCACCAACGAGCAACACCAGCAAUUGCAACAGGAUCCCAGACGAGCGACGGUACACUCUGCCAUUAAAGAGUGUUUACAUGAGGCAGAUCGAUCACAUGGUGGGACUUUUCUGAGUGAGAAGAUGCAUUCAGUGACUUUUACAUAAACAGGCUUUCAGUUCACCCCCCCAUGCGCAGGUGCGGUGAGGUUAAAGAGGAUUCACUUUUGGUCAAAAUCCUCGUCUCAUUUGUUCCACUGCUCAGGAUCCAGAUGGGAAAGUGACACUAAGGGAAACCUGAGAAAACAGAUUGAUCACUUGCUGUCUUUCGUUAAAGUGUGUGUGGGUGUUUUCACUCUUUGGUGGAGCAUGUGAUCAACAACUGUGAACAACUUUUGUGCUGGAAGAUGAUGAAUUCAGGCUUAGUUACUUUUUACCUGGUGACAAACUCAAAAGUGGAUUUUAGAAUUUGUGUGUGUGUGUGUGUGUGUGUGUGUGUGUGUGUGUGUGUGUGUGUGUGUGUGUGUGUGUGUGUGUGUGUGUGUGUGUGUGUGUGUGUGUGUGUGUGUGUGUGUGUGUGUGUGUGUGUGUGUGUGUGUGUGUGUGUGUGUGUGUGUGUGUGUGUGUGUGUGUGUGUGUGUGUGUGUGUGUGUGUGUGUGUGUGUGUGUGUGUGUGUGUGUGUGUGUGUGUUUGAAAUUCUGUGAGUCGUGAUGUGUUUUGGGUAAAAGUGCCAUCUAGCCACACAUAUGUACAAUGUUAAGCCUAUAAAAACACUCUCCUAGAAUAUCCCUCUCAACAUGAUGAUUAGUGCCUCUUUGCCGAUGAUUCACUUGACUAGAUCCAUGUUUUUAAAUAAGGGCUGCUUGUUCACAGAACAUGACACAGAGAGGCUCAGGAUGAAUCUUGCUGUUUUUAAAGUGCCUUCAGUUUUUUCUUGGUCUUCCUGAAUGCAGCACAUCUUUUUGUGGAUACCAUUGUCAAGUAUUCUUUGAGGCCUUUGUUGAUAUUGCACAAUAGAGGUCAUUCCAUGUGUCUGUACAGAUUUACACUAAUUAUCAUGACAAUUUUUUUUAUUAGACAUAGACAAACAAGCCAUAUGGUGUCUUUUAAAAAAAAUGACAGACGUGUUUAGUUCACAGACUCUCCUGCAAAGUUUAUUGUAAAUGAAAUUAGCUUUUUUUUCCUUUGUUUAAUAAUUGCACAUCAUAAUGCCUCUUAAUUAUCAUGUGGUCAGAACUCAGGGUUUAACGGAAAAACUAAAAUCAAGGAUUGCUUUCUUACAAAAUUAAAACGUUCUUAAAAUGAUUGUUGCCUAAUGUCUUAGGAUAGUCUUUGGUAUUUAAUUUAUAUGCAAAUCUUCAAACUUGGUUUUCUGAGGUCAACGAGUGAACACACCAAAAUGAAAUACAGUUUUACUGUGAAUAUUCAUUAUUGUUCCACUCAGAAAGGAAAGUGUGUGACGUUUGAUUCAUGUAUAGCUCUACUGAUCUAUCCCUUCUGGACAUGUUGUGCCAAACAUGGCUCGAUUACAUCAUGGCAUCUGCAUCUUUUCUCUGGCUUUGGGAGACAGCUGUUUAUAUUGUCAAGUGUUUGCUAUAGGAGUGGAUUAUUUGUAAUAUCACCCAAACCCCUUUCUUUCAGAGAAUCUUAAAAAAAGAUUGUAAUGUUUGGGAGUUCACUUUCUUGCUGAGUGUUAGAAGAAAAUAUUGAUACCAAUUGAUACCAUUGUUGUUCUACAAAUGUGUCUGAAGCAUCACAUUUCACAGCUGUUUGUGGCUCAUAAAUAAGCAGGUCCUGCAGGCAUCUGGCUUGCUGAUGCUCUGUUCAGAUGUAUGGUGUGAGUUUCGAAAAGGGAUAGGAAUUGAUCAGCUGUUGUAUGUGUUAACUAGAGAGCAAUAGAGAUGAUACAUUUUUGAGAGUUGGACAGAGCCAGGCUAGCUGUUUCCCUCUGUUUUCAGUCUUUGUGCUAAGCUAAGCUAAAGCUGUAACCAGCUGUUCGCUGUAUUGUGAAAUUUGCCAAACAUAUUAUCAGAGUUCUCAGCCAACUUUCUGAACAAAAACUAAUGUUUUUUCUAAAAUGUAAAAUUAUAAUGUUAUUAAAAGUCAAAAGCUCUUCCACUCUGAAUAAAACUAGUUUAAUAAUUGUUGAAAAGGAAACUGAAACAUUCUGUGAAACUAAUAAAAGACCGAUUAUUUACAAGA